GAGACUGACAGAGACACCCACAACCACUCAUCCAAGCUGAAGCGUUAAAGUCUCUCACUGAAGUCCUAACAUAACAAUGCGUGCCUCCGUCCUGAUCGUCGCAAUAGCUCUGGUGUGCAGCGUUGCCGCCGUUCCUGAACCAGGCAGGCCCUACGGAGGAGGUGGAUUUGGCGGAGGGCGUCCAGUUGGAGGUGUGAGACCAGGUCUUGGUGGCUUAGGAGGAUUAGGAGGAGUGCAUGGUGGCGUUGGAGGACUAGGAGGUGGACUUGGAGGAGGUCUUGGAGGAGGACUUGGAGGACUAGGGGGAGUUCAUGGAGGUGUAGGAGUUGGAGGCGUCCAUGGUGGAGUCAGGCCUGGAGGUUAUGGGAAAUAGAUGACAUAUGUCACGCACAUGAAUAAUUCUGGAAGCCAGUAUUUUGUAUUUGCUUUAUAGUAUAAUCAUGACUUCAACAGUUUCCAUAAGAUUAAAUUAGAAGUAAAGUAUCAAGUGGUUAAUCAGACAAACAGCAAAACUGAAAAGAUCUCAAAAUUCUAGAUUCUCAUCUGGAUCCAUAGUAAAGUCUGACUGACUCAUUAUUCAACCCAUUUCUUACCUCCCAUAAUAUUUGGUUGACACCCAGCAAUGGGGGUUUGUUAUAUCUUGUUACAAGACAAACAAGCAGAUGUUUCAGUAAACAAACAUGUAUUCAUCCAUAUGCACAUUGUUUUUGUUAUGGUUUUUAUACUGUUAAAACACUUGAAAUUUAUGAAGUAUGUGAUAUAAAUUUUAUUGAAUAAAUAAUUUGAGUUCAUAA